AGUGCGAAGGGAACAGCGAAAAGUUAACUUCAUUGACCCAAGCGAAGAUGUAGAAAUUGGGAGUAGACUUUGAAAACUCCGAAACUGCCGAAUUUUCUUCAUCUCCUUCCUCUUUUUUUUUCCCCUUCUUCUUUUUUUUUUUUUAAAAAAAAAAAAUUAUUUUAUUUUCUUAUUUUAUUGUUAAUGCAUUACACGUAUUACCUACCCUUUCCUUUUCUUCUUCCUAAACCAGUUUUGUAGCUCCAUCUGCCUUUGAAGAAAAUCAUAUGAAAUUACUCUGUUGGUUAAAAAGUUGACAAUUUGCAGAUCAGUUUCUCUUACCAAUUUAAGGCUGGGAUUAGGGAAUUUGAUGAGAUCCAUAAAGUGGCAAGAACCAAAGACUAAAUUCUUUGGUCCUGGGAGUUCCAGUGAUUGUGUUAAUUGAGGCUAAACAGUUUUUUUCAAGAAGAUCUUAGUGAAGAUCCUUGUUUUGGGGGUAGUUUUUGUAAUUUGGAAUAAGGAUGUCUGCAGCUCAAGAUCAAUUAGAGAUCAAGUUUAGAUUGAUUGAUGGAACAGAUAUUGGUCCCAAGAGUUAUUCUGCGGCUACAAGCGUAGCAACCUUAAAGGAGAACAUUCUUGCUCAGUGGCCUAAAGAGAAGGAUAAUGGUCCGCGGACAGUAAAAGAUGUCAAGUUAAUCAGCGCUGGAAGAAUAUUGGAAAACAACAGAACAGUGGGUGAAUGCAAAAGCCCAUUAUGUGAUAUUCCCGGAGGAGUUACGACCAUGCAUGUAGUUGUUCAACCACCAGCUCAGGAGAAAGAGAAAAAAGCAUCAGAUGACAUGAAGCAGAAUAAGUGCCUCUGUGUUAUACUAUGAUACGCAGUUCCAACGAAGGGAUGGCUACAUGCAAGAUAAAUACUGGUGGUUGUUAACAAUACUGGGUGAAGUAGUAACAAACACGAGUUGUUGGCACGCCAUCCAUUCUCAAGAUCGUAUAUGGUCUGAUUUCAUUUUCUUUUGUAUUUGCUGCUUUCUUUUUUAGUGCUUGAUGGAUGCAAAGUCCAUUCUGCAUAGAUUGAAAAUUUGUGUUGCUGUCAAGUAUACCAUUUCAUAGCUGUAGGACUCUGUUGUCUGUACAAAAUACAAAUUAACUCGUUGGCUGAGCUCAUAAUUUAAUCUUGAAUAUCUUCUUAUCUUGGUCGAUGUAAUAUAUAGAUACAAAAAAAGGAUUUGGAAUAUAUCCAAAGUUUUCUCUACUCCA